AUGUCUACAAUAACAGCUGAUCAAAAGCAAGCGUUAGAUCAGCAAGCUGUCAACAAUUUUCGGGAAUAUCUUCAAAUUCCGUCGGUCCAUCCUGAUGUAGAUUAUGAACCAUGUGUUAAGUUCUUGGAAAAACAAGCAAAGAGUUUGGGUCUUCCUGUAAAGGUUAUAUCUGUGGUAGCUGGGAAACCAAUUGUGAUAAUAACAUGGCUUGGAAAGGAACCAAGUUUACCAACCAUUCUGUUAAACAGCCAUAUGGAUGUUGUGCCUGUAUUCGAGGAGAAAUGGACGUACAAGCCUUUCAGCGCCCACGUAGAUGAUAAGGGUAAUAUUUAUGCAAGAGGAUCUCAGGACAUGAAGUGUGUAGGAAUUCAAUAUUUGGAAGCAAUCAGAAGAUUAAAAUUACAGGGUGUUACUUUAAGGAGGACUAUUCAUGUCAGUUUUGUACCAGAUGAGGAAACUGGAGGUGUCGAUGGAAUGAAGGCAUUUGUCAAAACUAAUGACUUCAAAAAUUUAAACAUAGGAUUUGCUUUAGACGAGGGUAUGGCAAGCCCUAAUAAUGAAUAUCCCGUUUUUUAUGCAGAAAGGAUCAUUUGGCAAAUGCAUAUUCAUUGUCCCGGACAUCCAGGACAUGGGUCUUUAUUGCUGGAAAACACCGCUGGGGAAAAAGUUGCAUAUGUGUUAAAUAAAUUGUAUGAAUUUAGGAAAACACAACAACAAAAAUUGAAAGAAAAUCCCAAUUUUACUAUUGGAGAUGUAACAACUGUCAAUUUAACCCAAGUCCAGGGUGGUGUUCAACCAAACGUAAUCCCUCCCGAAUACAUUCUAACAGUUGAUGCUCGCAUAUCAAUCACAACAUGUUUAAGGAAGUUCGAAGAAAUGCUAAAUAAAUGGUGUAGUGAAGCAGGACAGGGAGUUUAUAUUGAAUUCGAACAAAAACAGCAUUUGGUUACACCUACAAAAGUUGAUAAUUCCAAUUCCUAUUGGAUAGCAUUCAAGUCAGCCGCUGAUGAACUCGGCUUGAAACUAAAAACCCAAGUUUUUCCUGGCGGUACCGACAGUCGGUACGUUAGGAACGCGGGAAUCCCAGCAAUAGGAUUUUCGCCGAUCUCCAACACGCCUGUAUUGUUGCACGACAACGAUGAAUAUUUAAAUACUGACGUAUUCUUGAGAGGAGUCGAGGCAUACGUUAAAAUUGUUCCUAAAAUAGCCAAUCUAGCAGACAAAACUGGAUAAAAACCAAAAGACCUAUCAUUUUAUAAUAAACAUUUUAUAACGUAACAUAAAAGUACACAAUAUUUUAUACAGUUUUUGAUCGGCUUUGCUAUAUACAUUUUAAUUUUUUAUUUAAUGACUUACAAAAUAUUACAAACAAUAACUUAUAGUUGUAGUAACAAUUAUUUUCUUACUCAGAUAACUCUAAAAAUGUCAUAAAUAUUACACUAGUUUAGAGAAGUUUACCAGAUAUUAAGGAUUAAACCAAAUAAAUUGCUGUUUGAUUGCAAAAGUUGAUUAUGAGUAAAACAAGUGCUUGAACUCAAAGUAAAAUGUUUUUGUGUGGCUAUUCAAAUUCAAUUUUUGUAAUGGAUUGCAGUUCCAUCGUCGCAUCGAGACCAGCGGAGUUAUAUAAAAUUGUGUUUUGUAAAAAAUGUUUCACAAAAGGUUUCACAAGGCAGCAAACCGAUUGCUGCUUGUAACAAGUCGAAAAAUUGGAUCAUUUUUUCUCCUUACUGCGGGAAGCGCAUUUUUUUUAAAUUUAACUUGGGCUAUAGUUAUAGUACAUAACAUAUUCAUAACAAUAGUAAAAAAACAAAUUAACAUGGACCUUCGUAUAGCGUUCAUUGUGAAAACUGUUGUUUUGUUUCAUAACUUAAAUCCACGACUCACUUUACCAGUAAUUAUUUUAUUAAGUCAAUUUUAAACAUUAGGGACCAUUUCUAAGUUGUCCAGAGCUACUUCUAAACGAAUUUAAUUUGGUGCAUACCCUAUAAUAGUUGCAUGAGCUUUCUGAUUAUGCGAUGGCCUCGAUAUAACAUAAAUAUAAGGACAUCAGAAAGGUAGUCUGGGUAUACACGUUCAGUCUAGAACAACGCUCGUUUUGACCUUUAAUUGAAUAUUUAUUUUAUGAAAUAAUAAAAGAAAUAAGCAAGUGGGCUAUUAUAGUGAAAUAAAUCAAGUUAAAUAAAAGAAGUAAGAAACUUUGGUAGUUGCCUUGUAUAAACAAACGGCAUAAAAUAAUUAUAUGAGCAAUAUCUAAUUAAUAUUAUAAAUGUGAUACAAACAUUGAAAAUAUCUGAAUGCAUAUAAUAAUAAAGUAAAUUAUCAAUAAAAGCUCAAUAAUUAAUUAAUAAUGAAAUGAAUAAACCUUGUUAAUAAAAGCGUACAAAAUACAAUCAGCGAUAAAUAUACGAAUAAUAAUGAAAUUAUUACAAUUAAUUAAGAAUUAAUACAAUUAUUAAUAGAAGAUAAAGUUAUUACUUGUUAAACGAACGCAAAAUGUUCUCAAUAUUAAAAUGUUCAAAAAUGUGGCUCAAUAUGAAAAAUAGUUCAGCAACAAAUAAUUGUAAACUUGUAAAUGUAACAUUUUUGCACUACCGCUACCGCUCGUGAAGAUCACAAAUUUCAACCACGGCCAGGAUGCAACCGCACCUGGAAGGUGGGUGGGGAUUGCGUUUAUCGCAGUUGUUUGCUUUUUACCUCUCAUAUUUAGAUGGAGUUGUCGGUAUGACGUAGAAAUGAUUCCUAUUUAAUAUCUAAUUUAAUAGUUUAUGAAAAGUUGCGAAACGACAACACGAGUCAUUAUCAAUUUUCUCGGUUUUGAGUAAACUCAAGUUUUCGGAAUUAAAAGAUAGUUCCCCUCUGUGAAACGUUUAGUUUAUUCAAUAGGCUAAUUUCACUAGUUCGAUAUUUUCUAGUGUUGCUGCGCUGGAAGGUCGACCAGGACGCCAAUUCGGAUACUUUUAAACAUAUUUAACCAGUAUUUUUACUGUUUCAAUCAUACAUUUGUCCUUCACUUUUUAUUCAUUUGAAUAGUUUCCGAGUAGUUUUUUUUAUCCAUAAAGUAAAAGAUACUAGUACAGAUUAGAAGGCUAAAAAUGCAUAUUUUCAAAAAAAAAAUCGGCUCGUUUAUUAGAUAAAUAAUAAUCAUAAAAUGUAACAAGAUUUUUGGAUAAUAUUUUAUCUUUGAAUUAAACAAACAUUUUUUUAGUUCUAGCGGUCGCUGGAGGGUUUUUUAAAGGGCGCCUCAGUUAAUGUCUCAAAAAAAGGUGUCCGAUGGUUGACACAAAUUUUCAGGGUUGGAACAUCUAAAACAAAAAAUACCAACGGGACUACUUAAAGAAAGCUCCCUUACAAGACAAUUAACUACUUUUUAGAAAAAAUAGUCGAAAAAUUAAUAAUUUUCCAUGGAAAAAUUCGUAAAAAAUCGAUUUUUUAAACUUUUUCAAAUGUCAGCCAUCUUGUUUUUUAAUUUUAAAUUUUCGAUUAAAAGUGGUUGAUUGUAUUGCAACGGCGCUUUCUUAAGUAAUCCCGUUACAAUUAUUUGUUUUUUUUUGACAUGUCAACUUAGACGUCCUCUAGAAAACGUUCAAUUCAUGAGAACUAAAAACAAAAUUUUUUUUUGUUUAACUCAAGAUAAAAUAUAAAUAAAUAAAGGAGCGAAUUUGUUUUUAAUAUGCACUUAUUAGCCUUCUAAUCUGUACUAAUACCUUGAUUCAAAUUGGUCUCCCCCAUUUUUCCAUCACUUUCAGAACAAAAUACGACGAACGCAAAAACACAAUGUUCAGGCGUAAUAUGCAACAACAUUUUUAGAAACACAGAAUUUAGUAAAUAAUUGGUCCUAAGUUAUUGUUUCUUAAAUAUUUGUAUUUUAUUCGUAUUAGGUAGUAAAAAGCCAGUUUAUUCUAGAAGUGUUUGUUACGUCAUGGAAUGUUGAUUGUAAUAUAUUUUAGAGUUAAAUAAAAAGAUAAUAUAUAUUUUUUGGAAUUGUGAAAUUUUAUUGACUGUUUCGUUUUGAGAGAUUUAUUUGUGGUUGAGAAAUAAAUAUUAUAUUAU